GGUUUGGCUGCAGCCUAAACCAGAGGGGAGGGGUCUGUCUCUUUCAUACACUCUCUCUGCUCGGACUGGAACCGCUCUCUUGCAGUUCUUUUGCUGUGCAGGAUUGCAUGAAACAGGACCUUUUUUUUCAGGACUGGCUUAACUGCGUGAGUUUAAUGUGGAAGACGUGUGUUUUGAUCAAAUGAAAUACCCUUUUGGUACUGCGGUUUGAUGGAAAACACUUGAAAACCAGAAUCAUCAAAGAAGGGCCAGCCAAGUCAUGGACACCAUCCUCUGAAUGAACAAAGGGAUGGUAAACACCUUCCCUAAUAUCUUUCUCUACAUAUUGGGCUGUACAUCAGUGCUGAAUUGGGUCUAGCUAUGGGAGGUUUGGAUGUGUGAUUGAGUCUCAAUCUCUUCUAUUGCACUUCUACGUGCCUCAUGGAGCCGCCAGUAGACAAGUCUGAGCUUCCGAACCCUACACUUCCCAAGAUAACCUCUCAAGGAUCUCAGCAUGGGAUGUGUCUCCCAUUACACAGUGGUGUUCAGAGUAACAGUGCUUUCACCUCUGAGUCCUCAUUGUCUUCAUCGUCAGCUAUGCCCCCAUAUGAUAGAGGUGAAGCAUCACCAGACUCCAUGUGUAGCUUGAGUAGUCUGAGCAGUGCCAGAACAUACAGCCCUUUGGAUGUGGACAUGCCAGAGGUAGAGAUGGGUAAAACCAUAAUCAACAGUGAUGAUUCAGUCAUGCAGAGCCCAAACUGCAGACCGGACUACAGUGAGUCCAUUGACAAUGACAAUUCUGUAUCUGUCUAUCUGGACGCCAAUGAAGACUGCUGGAGUGACAAUGAUAAUCAUGAUGGUACUUUGAUGGUAACACAGAAGGUUGGACUAAAUGACAACAGUGAUGAAGCCUCCUUGUGCUCUUCAGAACAUGGUGAUUAUAAUGACCUUAAAAAAGAGGAGAAAGAAGACUCUUUUCUCUCUUUAGUCUCGGUAGAUUUGGUGUUGAAGAGCCAGAUUGGUGUUUCUGCGCUGGAAGUCUCCACCAGCUCAGAGGUGGACCUGCUAAAGAACACUUUACCAGACCUUUCUCAAGACCAACCAGCGGAAGGCAAGUCGCAGAGCUCCAACAGAGUGACUGAUCUGGCUACAGUCAAUGCCCCCCAGAGGGAAGUGGUCCAAGAGAAAGGGGAACUCUCUGUUGAGUUGUGUCCAGACACUCAAGCUAAUGAGAUAAUCCUGAAUGAAAUGGUGGUGCAUCUUGAAGAUUCAGUGGGUAAUAGAAUAUGCACCAGAAACAUAAAGGUCUUGUCUGUUUCUAAAGAGGAUAACCAGCCAAAGUCCACAGUGAAAAAGACCAAUGCUCUGGGAGGUCAUGGUCUCACCAAGCCUCCUAAAAGGGCUGCUCUGACCAAAGCCACAAAACCUGAGGUGAAAAGAUUCCCCAGACCAGACUUGAAGAACGUGAAGGCCAAGAUAAUUUCCAGAGCUGCCUCUGCACCAAGAUCUGCCAGUCCCGCCAAAACAAUCUCUAAUCUUGGCCAGUCAGCUUCAGCCAAUGUGAAAAUGCUUCCUCUUACGGCAAACCGUGAAACCAGUAGGAGAGUGGAAGAUAAAGCUGUUGGGAAAAGAAGCAGAUCCUCAUCGAGCCAUGCAAGGGAACCAAAGAGAUCUGACUGUCGAGAGUCAGACCCUAAACUCCAAACAACGUGUCUGCCACCGGAUAGGAAAAAGGCACUUAUCAUUGAAUCAUCUGUGAAUCAUACAGAAGUUGCAGAGGUUGACACCAAUGGCAAUCAGGAGAAGGUUGUGAUCACUUUAUCUUUACAAACACGAGGAGAAGUAUUUUCUCCCUCAACCGAUCUCAUAGAUGAAGAAAAGGUUCAACUUAUGAAAGAAACAGAGGAAGAACCCUCUAAAGGCACCAGCAAGACUGUGUCUUCCAAGCUGGGACCUUCAUUAGGGACUACAGCUAGCAGUACAUCCACAUCUGGACCCCCAGAACCCAGACUGAAGCCCCCAAGUCGAGAAGCCCGACCCACUGGUAGUCUGGGUCCAUCGGGAGGCCGAGCAGUUCAGCCGUCGGGUAUUCUAAGGAUGCGCACCACAGACAAGUUGACAGGGCCUUACACCCCCACCACAUUCUCCAGCUCUCCUGGUAAGGGUGCUCAGAGAGCUCCCUCCUCAAAACUGCCUGUGAAAGGCCUUCCCACAAGCCCCAGCUCUUCAUCACUGGGAAGUACAAUCAGUGAAAGCAACGGUAUUGCAGUCAACAAAGUUCCUGCUGAAUUGAAGAAUGAGGAGAAGCCUAUCAAACAAUCCCCCUCAUCCCACAUGCAAGGAAAGUCUCCAGUCAGCAAACCUGUAUCAGGACACCGCAGCAGAGCAAGCUCUAUACCAUCCAAACCAGUGGCAGGGCUGAAGGCCCCAACUAUGACCAACCACAUGUCAGCUAAGACUAACCAGAAUGUUUUGCAACGCACCGGAUCUGCAAGACUUAUUCGCUCAGCAACAACAGGCCCUGGAGGUCGCUCUCUCUCCCCAGCAGACUGGCAACUCUCUGUCUGUCUUCCCAGGCAUGGUCUGAUAGUGGACAAGAGCUCCAAAGGGCCCAAAGCUGCAGGGACAACAGCUGGCCUAACGCAGCAGCACAGCUCGACUGGGGGAACCGGACAGACUGAGGAAGAGGAGGAAAGAGAUCUUCGUCUUCAAAAUGAGAAGAAGAGUCAGUGCAUCCUGCAGCUCCGUAAACUCAUCGCUAAUGGCAAUCAACGCUUGGAAGCUCUUGCCUUGGUUGUGCAGCAUGUCUUCAGCGAGCGUGAGGUGGCACUCAGUCAGAGAGAAGAACUUUCCAUCCAGCUUAACAAACUGCGACAGCAACUGGGUAACUCGGUCUCCUGUUGUGAGCAGUUGGAGAGGGAAAAGGAGGAGGUGCGGGUGUCUUUGGAGGCGCUGUUACAGAAACUACAGGAGCAGCAUCAAACAGAACUAGAGGAACUGGAAGAGAGACUGAAAGAGUUCUACUCAGCAGAAUGGGACAAGACCCACCAGGCCUACCAGAAAGAGGCAGACAAAUGCAGGGCGCUCAUGCAGCAGCAGGUGGAAGAGGUGAGGAACCAACAGGAAGCCCUGAGGAACCAACGGGAAGUGGCACACACUGAGCGGAUAGAGAUACUGAAACGUGAAUAUGAGAAUUCAUACGCAGAGCUCAGGAAGAUUCACAACCAGGACAUGCAAGAACUUGACAAAACACUCAAGGAGUCUGAAGCCUCGCUCAACGAAAAAAUUCAAAGUUUGACUGCAGAAAACGAGACUUUAAAAGAAAGGUUAAGAGAGGAGGAGGAGUGGAGGAAAGCACUGGCAGAAAAAAGUCAGAAGGACGCCCACACGCUGUAUUUGGAACAGGAGCUGGAGAGUCUUAGAGCCGUGCUGGAAAUAAAGACAAACCAGAUACACCAGCAAGACAAGAAACUUAUGCAGAUGGACAAACUGAUUGAUGAUAAUUUGAAACUAGAGGAGUAUCUAAAUAAGGUCCAGCAGGAGAACGAGGACUACAAGGCUAGGAUGGACAAGCAUGCUGCCCUUUCAAAGCAGCUCUCCACAGAACAGGCCAUGCUUCAACAGACCCUGCAGAAGGAAUCAAAGGUCAACAAACGUCUGUCCAUGGAGAAUGAGGAGUUGCUAUGGAAACUACACAAUGGAGACUUGUGCAGCCCACGACACCUCUCGCCCACUUCCCCCUUCCACCCGCCUCAAAACUCUGCCUCAUUUUCCACGACUCCGAUAUCACCCAGAUAGCCUCUGACCUCAGAAACUGCCCUCACCCAGAGGCACCUAUGGACCUUUUGGCCAUUUGAUUCCUAUAAUAAGACUUGUACAGUUUGUUAAGACUUCUAAAGUUUAUAACUGUCCCCUUUUCCAUUAAAGACAAUGAUGCACAGUUGCACUUCUUGAUCAAGGAAUUGCCUUGCUCGGUUACACAUUUGUUUGUUCUCUUCUGCGUCAUUCCUUUAAGUCUGUCUCUGCCACAUUUUUUUUCCUUCUCUCUCCCUAUCUUUCACAGACACACAUAAAAAUGUAUCUGAGGAGGAAACACACCUCAGGGCUUGUACAUAGAAUAUCUCUUCCUCAGACUGCAAUUUUCUGUUAUAUUUGUGCUCCCUUUUCAUUUUUUUAAUUAAAAAAAUAGUUUGUGCAUAACAAGUAAAAGAUGUAAAGCUGUCUUUUUCUUUGUCUGCUCACUAGAAUACUAUAUGAGAUUAACAUAAAAAAAAAAUAUUAUUAUAAAAUUUUAUUUUUUUGGGGCAAUAUGCUUGGUUUGAGACUUUGCUCGAGAAUGUUUUGAUCAGUAAGACUGGAAAAAAGGCUUAACCUCAAAUGUGCAUAUACAGUAGAUCCAAAUAUUUGUUCUUAAUAUUGUGGAAUGUAUUUUCUUCUCUCCCAAAAUUGCUUCUAGUGGCCUCCACAUCCAGAAAGCUCUGAGUGAAUGUCUCCAUAUCUCAACCACAGUAACCUAUUUUAUUUUAUUUUAUUAAUGCAUUAAACUUAAGGAUGCUUCUCCUUA